AUGCCACGUAAGCUACGUAAGAAUAUACGUAAGAGGAAGGGAGCAUUGAAACAUCCAAUAGUAAAACUGACACCACAACAACAGUUGCAACAACAAAUGAUGAAUGACCCCACUAUGUUGCAACAAAUGUCAAGCAACCCUAUGCUUUUAAACCGAGUUAUUGGUGCACAGAGUGGAGGUUUAAGAGCUGCACUUUUAGCGAAAAUGGCAGGCUAUGGUGGAGCUGCAGACGGAACAGCUUAUAACCCUCAAAGUCAAAUGAAUUUGAGUUCACUCAAAAAUCAAAUAACAGAUGUCAAAAAGUCAAACAUAGACAUACAGAAACAAAUAAGUGAAAACGAAAAGAAACUAGAAUAUGACAGACAGACAAAGAAACUAAAUGAGUCAAACGUAGAGAAAAAGAAGAAAGAAGAACAACUGAAAGAACUAAGUAAAGAGGAAUAUGCGAAAAAAGUGUCAGAAAAAGCAGCAGAAGUAGCAAAAAUGGAACAAGAUGUUAUAAAUUUGAAAAACCAUACUACUCAAUAUAAAGUACUGAAAGAUGAAGAGAUAAAACAAAAAGCCAUGAAGACAUAUAUGGAUAGCGAUGAGUAUAAAAAAGAAGUUGAAGCAAAUGUAAAGGCAGAAAAACUUUAA